UAUUUGCCCACAUUUCAGAUCUCUGUAGUCUGUACAGCUGUUGGAUCUGAAUCAUACCAUUUCCAUGCAUUUCUCGCUCUAUAAAUAUCUCUCAUAACACAUCUUGCCUCAUCGAAACUCAACCCUAGAUCUUGAAUUCGGAGUGAAACUUUCCUUGUUAUGCAUCAGAAGGGCCGACAGAACAACCGUAGAUGCAGGACAUUUUCCAGAUCUCGAAUCGCCAUUGAGGGUUCUUAAUCUCUUCAUUUCCAUCCCAAGAUCUCUCUUUUAGAUCGAUCUUUCUUUCUCCUCUACUGGGUUCUUGAAGCAUUUUACCUUACCGCAUCUAAAUCUGUCAGUUCACUGAAAACGCAUCGACAUGGCUUCUCAAGGACAAGAACGUGAGGUUCAAAAAAGCUACUGGAUUGAGCAUUCUGCUGAACUCACUGUCGAGGCCAUGAUGCUCGACUCAAAAGCUGCAGAUCUUGACAAAGAGGAGAGACCUGAGGUGCUAUCAUUGCUACCACCUUAUGCAGGUAAAUCCAUCCUGGAAUUGGGAGCUGGGAUUGGUCGUUUUACUGGUGAGCUAGCUAAGGAAGCUGGUGAGGUUUUGGCCCUUGAUUUUAUUGAGAGCAUGAUAAAGAAGAAUGAGAGCAUCAAUGGGCACUACAAAAAUGUGAAAUUCAUGUGUGCUGAUGUGACAUCUCCUGAUCUGGAUAUUCCUGCUGAAUCCAUGGAUAUUAUAUUCUCAAACUGGCUAUUGAUGUAUCUGUCUGAUAUCGAGGUGGAGAAUCUUGUGGAGAGAAUGGUCAAAUGGUUGAAGGUUGGUGGAUUUAUCUUCUUCAGAGAGUCAUGCUUCCAUCAAUCUGGAGACCAUAAGCGGAAGAACAAUCCUACUCACUAUCGGGAGCCAAGAUAUUACACAAAGGUUUUCAAAGAGUGUCAUUUCCGUGAUGAUUCUGGGAGUUCUUUUGAACUGUCUCUCAUAAGCUGCAAAUGCAUUGGAGCGUAUGUUAGAAACAAAAAGAACCAGAACCAGAUUUGCUGGUCAUGGAAGAAAGUUGAUUCUGAGAAUGAUAGGGGGUUCCAGCAGUUUCUGGACAAUGUUCAGUACAAAUGCAGUGGAAUACUUCGCUAUGAACGGGUAUUUGGCCAGGGUUUUAUUAGCACAGGCGGAGUUGAGACAACAAAAGAGUUUGUUGCAAAACUUGAUCUUAAGCCCGGUCAGAAAGUCCUCGAUGUGGGAUGUGGAAUUGGUGGAGGAGAUUUCUAUAUGGCUGAGAACUUUGAUGUUCAUGUCAUAGGCCUUGAUCUUUCGGUCAAUAUGAUUUCCUUUGCUCUUGAAAGGGCAAUUGGACUGAAGUGUGCAGUUGAGUUUGAAGUUGCUGAUUGCACCAAGAAGACCUAUCCAGAUAAUACAUUUGAUGUGAUUUACAGCAGAGACACCAUUCUUCACAUUCAGGACAAACCUGCAUUAUUCAAAUCAUUUUACAAAUGGCUAAAGCCAGGAGGAAAGGUUCUUAUCAGUGACUACUGCAAGAGCCAAGGAAAACCUUCCACAGAAUUUGCAGAUUACAUAAAGCAAAGGGGAUAUGAUCUUCAUGAUGUUGAAACAUAUGGCCAGAUGCUUAAAGAUGCUGGCUUUGAGGAUGUGAUUGCAGAAGACAGGACUGAUCAGUUCCUGAAGGUGUUGCAGAAGGAAUUAGAUGAGGUUGAGAAAGAAAAAGAUGCAUUCAUUCAGGACUUCUCUGAGGAUGACUACAAAGAUAUAGUUGGGGGUUGGAAUUCCAAGCUGGUGAGGAGCUCUAAGGGUGAGCAGAAAUGGGGAUUGUUCAUUGCCCUCAAGAAGUAAGCUUUCUGGUUUAAUUUGCAAUAAAGUUUUUGGCUCUUCCUUUAUUUAUGUAUUCGGAUUUGCUAGCACUUGAUUAUUUACAGUCUGCUUGUACUAUGACUAUGGAUAGUAAUGUUUGAGCCUCUCAUUUUAAAAGCUUCUUGUAAUUUGAUUGUCGAUGCUACUGAUGUGUUGGUAAAGCAUGCAAUUUCUUGAA